GACGUGCGCCGAGCAUGGCAUCGAGCAGGAGGGAUCCGAGAAGACGGACGUGCUGGACGAGGGCGCCGACCAGGCCGUGACGACCAGGGGCACCGUGCACGGGGCGUUGAGCUCCAAGCAGGCCGUGAUCGUCGAGGACGGCGACGUGCUCGACGCGACGUUCGCGGAGCACGUCGAGGGCAUCGAGCAGGACGACCUCGAGAAGCAGCUCGUGCCGAACAAGGGUGCCCAGCAGGCAGUCGAGGGCAGCGGCACCCAGCUCCGCGAGGUGGAGAAGGACGGGGAGGCAUCGGACGACCUUGGCACUUCACUCGUCCAGCGGGUCCUCACCGGCGGCAGCGCGGUGAUCGCAGAGGCGUUGGCGGUGGGGUUCGCCGAUUCCUUCGUGGUCCACGCCGUCGGAAGCAUCAUUACGUGGCACCACGCCGUCAUCAUCGCUCUGUCGGCGCGGUGGCCGUACCUCCUCCCGAACGCCUGCAUGGCUUCCUGCAUCAAUGAGAUGCUCGCCCGAGCGACCAAGAUCGGGGCGAACGGCGUCGCUGGCGCGGCGCGCGCAGCCACGACGGCGGCGGGCUUGCACGUGCUGCUGGCGACUUUGGCGGGGCGGCUUGGCAG